AUGAACUUUUACUUGGUCGGAGUCAUAGGCAAAAUCGAGGUCAGCGUAUGGCUUUACAGGCAUAUGUCCAGGGAUGCUAAGGAUGCAAACUUAGUGGCGGAACAGCGGCUCCUGCGUCAGGCCAAGUCACGGUGCUCCGACCUGCACAAGAAGCAGCUGGUGGAGAUUUUGAUGAAGAACGCGGACCUCCCCUUGGUCGACCCGAUGGGCCACGUCGACCCGGCAAACGAGUGGAUGUCCAAGGACGCCAGGAUCUGCAGCAUCCUUCGGGGCUUUGCAGGCAGCGGUUUCACCGUGGAGGAUCUUCAGGCCGGCUUGCAGGCCGACAGCAGUGCGUUGCUGAGCUGCCAGGCCCUGGCUCGUUGCCUGGGCCAGGAACCGGCUUGUGAAGCUACGAUGGAGGCCGAGGACGGGGGCGGCUAUGCAGACUCCGUACCGCAGAGAUACGACCUGUCGGACAAGAUGCAGCUGGCACAGUUCCUGCAAGAUGCGGACAUCCGCCUGGUGCGCGUUGAGUUCCUGCAAAAACUUUACCGUGAAGGCCGGCGCUUCCCGAGGCGCCAGGAAGCCGAGUUUGCAUACGUCGGGAGCCGCACCGCGCUGGUCACGCACGAGGAGGUGCUGGCUUGGGCCAACGACCAGCCGACUGAGAUCGGGAGGAUCGUUUCAGUUUCAGCGAUGUGGGAGGCCCGUGAGCAUCCUGACCCCUACGGCUACCAGCUGCAAAAGCUCGCAACAUCAGAGAAGCUGCGGGGGCAGGAUGCCUUGUACAUAGCCUACGUCUCACUUUUCCAGUUUAAGCGGCUGCAGCCGGCACACGAAGAGAGCUUUCGCCGUGCCAGGCGUAACCUGCAUGUGCUAUUUGCGCACGAGUGGACACGCACAUUGCGCAUCGAAUCUCUGACGCCCGAGGAGCGCGUCAGGGAAGCCUGGUGCAACCAGGAGCACGUUCAGGUUUACCACGUGCCUAGCGGGUGCGUCAGACCCGUCCUGGCGGCAGAGCUCGUGCAGAAUAGGACUCCACAUCACAGGCGCGGGUGGUGCGUCGCAGAGCUCCAAUGGUCGUCCACCCGAUACACAACUGGGCUGUCGGAAGAAGUCGACAGUGUGGAGGGCGACGUGAGCGGCGUCGCUCCGAUGGAUCCUGAGACCUUCCGAGCCACCGUUGGGCCCAACACGCUUAAAUUCACGCAUCGGAGUGACGAAGAUGUUGUCUUACAACUUCAAAAGCGUGUCUUCGAAGAGAAAGCGGCGCGCUGCAGAGCGCUCCAGCUUUCCGAUCUUAGUGCCGAUGCUUUGGCUGUAGGGCUGAGUUCUUUAGACCACUACCCGCAGUUGGAGAGCUUGGCAAUCAUGCAGAGCGACCUUGUGCCGAAUCUUCCGUUACUGCUGCAGGUGCUCGAGGAGAAGGAGCGGCUGACACGGCUGAGCCUCCGUCAGAAUGGGAUCAAGGAGGAUGGCGCCCGUAUGCUGCUGGAGGCGCUGCAGACGAACUGGGUGACUGAGAUGGACCUCUCCGGGAACGAUGUCGGUAUGGCUGAGUCCCUCAUAGUGGAGGCGCUAAAAGAGAAGCAGGUCCAUUUCUCGCUGCUUUUGGACAGCUCUGCUUCAAUGGCCGGGGAGCCUUGGCAGCUUCUGUCAGCUGGCUACGACGCUUUCAGGGUGCAGCUGUGCACCAGCGAGAAAGCCCGCUUUGUCAGAAGGGCGUCGGUUUGGCUUCUUGGUGAGUCCAUGCAGGUCCUUGUGGACCACCACAGGACCACGGACAUGCUGCCACACUUGCCGGAGUUUGCCGGCAGUGGUACGCUCCGUGUGUCUGAAGCUCUUGACGACCUCCACCAGAACCUUCCUAUCGACUCAAGAUGUCAAGAGAUUAUCAUCGUGGCGGUUGGAUGCCCCUUUGUCUUGCCAGAUUCACGUUUGAUUCAAGCCUUAUCGGCAAGAGAGAGCGUGCAACUGGUCGUCGGCGUCGCUUUGAGUGAUGCAGCAGGCGCAAGUCUGCAACGGCUGCAGGCAGCUUUGAUGGAGUCUGGAAAGCGCUGCUGGAUCCGGACCGCGCGCAGCGAGAGCGCCAUUGUCCAGGCUUUUGAAGAUGCCCUGGCAGAUGGGGAGCUCGUACGGCAAGGAAGAUGCAACGAUCUUCGAAUCAAUUGGUUGUCUGGCAGCACCACGAUACUGGACAGGCAAAAGACGGCAUCUGUGAAGCAAGCAAUGGUGACCCUGGAGACCCAGAACCUGGUUCCAAAGGGCUUGGAACUAAAGAUCCUCAAUGGCGAUGUUGUCCUCAAACAUGUGGAUGACCUGCGGACCUUGCCUCUUUCGGCUGUGCUCACUGCUGUGGCGAGGAAUCCAGUGGCAGAAAUCGCGGAUGUUAUCACCGGCAGUGCUCUUCCCGAAAACAUCAAGACGUCCGCUAGGGAACAAGGGCCUGCCUUGCACCAGCUCUUUCGAGAGCUUCCCGAUCACCUCACAGAGGCCUUCGAAGAUGACCCUGUGAAGUUUGUUCAGGGCAUUGUCCUGAAGAUCCACCAGAGUCAGCUUUCGACCUUCCUGACGGAGAUGGACACUGUGAAGAAGCUACUGGAAGGCCUAGCCCAGGAGCAGCUGCGAGCGUUGCUUGAGGACCCGGCCGAGUUCUUUGGCUCGGCACUGGAGGAGCGGCGCCAGGGCCCGGACAAGAUGGCGCAGCUGGACCUGGAGACAGAGCAGGUUCAGGAGAUGCAGAUAGAGGAAGCUCACUUGCAACCCGCAUCAGAAAUGGUGCGUGAAGCAGGCCUCGAGCUCUCCGCUGGUCUCGUGAUCGAGCUGAGAGUUGGGGACAUAGCUGAGAUGAAGAAUGGAGUCCUCAUGGCAAUGCCGAAGACCUUGCGCGAUAAAUUCUCGCCUGGAUUUCGAGUUGUAACGGAGGACCCGCCUGUUCCACUCCCGAAGGGUGUGGUGCCUCUCAGCCCCAUCUUGGAGCUCCAUCCACACGAUGAGACCUUCAAAGGUCAGCAUGUGAUGCUGGUGCUUCCGACAUGUACGGGAGCCCAAAAGGCCUGGCGCUCCGUACCUGGGGGUGAUUGGGAAGAGGUGGCGAAUGUAGAGUUCUUCGCGGGGACAGCUGUGAUUUACUUGGACCACUUCUGUCUUGCCUUUGUUGGUACCGACAAUCCAACGCCAACAAGGCUCAAGGUGCGAGGCUUCUUGGAGACCGGCGAGCAGGCUGCAAAGUUUGCCGUGGUGCAUGCAAACUGUGCCAAUUGCCAGCAGGAGCUGGCCGAGGAGUGCUGCCAAGACCCGGAGACCUUGCAGGGAUUUGAGGAGUGCACUCCGCCAAAGGAUGCUGGAAAGUACCGCCACGAGCAGGAGAUUGUUUUGUCACACCAGAGCCAGCCUUGGAUGGAGCGUGUGCUGCUGGAAUUCGAUAAAAUGCCAUUUGUCACCAGCUCCGUUUUACCCGUGCAGAACACCCAGUUUGAGAUCUCCAUUGGCAAGAGUUCCCACCUCUUUCGUCUGCCAGGUGCAUCUGCAGCACCAGCAGCUCAGCAAGUGCAGCAGCGGAAGAUCCCAGAUCCGCAAAGCGCUCAAAAGGAGGCCUUUGCCCCUGCCACUGGCUCUUCCGCAGACGCCGCUGGUGGCGCCCAACCAGCUCAGCAAGUGCAGCAGAUGCAGCCAGAUCCACAGCGCCCUCAGCAGAGCACCUCCGCCGUUGUCACCUCUGCCGGUGAUCAGGGCGCAGGCGAUGGGAGAGGCUUCGGAGCCCCUCUCAGAGGCUUGGCGCUGCCUCCAAGCCCCGAAGCCACGAGGUACCUCAUCGCUGCACCUCCUUGCAGCACGGUUCAGGUGGCAAUUGAGCCAGCUGGAAAUCCUCCGCUGUUGGAGGUCCUCGCAGAGGUAGACCUGCAGGACGUGGAGCCCGAGUGGCUUCGUUCUGCUAGCGGCUCUGUCAGCCGGAUGUCUACGAGUGGCACAGAUUUUGACGGAGAGGGCCACGGCCAGCAACUGACAUCUUGGUGGCAGCUGAGGAACUUUGGCGCCCUCACCAUCAGGGAGAAUCUUGCCAGCAUCCGGGACAGGUUCGGUCGUUUUGCGAGGCCAGUGAUCACUGUGCAGGCGGCGCAGCAAGCGCAGGCGGAAGCGUCGCAGCCAUCUGCAGCCGCGCUGCCCCAGCAAGUGCAGCGGAGACACCUCCUGGUUUCGGGUCGCUUUAACUGCCAGAAGUAUCUGGAUUACAUGACCGAGGUUACUAGGCUGCUGAAAGACAGAGGAGUCGACAUAUUCAUGGUCAAGACACGCGGACCCGGUGAUGAGUUUGGAUCACAGACUAUGCUCGGCCUUUACCGAGCGCUUGGAAUCAUUGCAUUCUGUACUGCAGAUUAUGGUGCAAAAACAGGAAUUCAGUACGAGACCUUCAGGGAGCUCGAGUAUGCCCAUCAGCACCACCUCCGCAUCAUUCCUGUCCAGCUCUGCGAGACGUUCCCACCAGAACCGGCAGAUGAAAUAGGUCGAGCCCAGAAUGACUUCGUACUGCGAAAGGUGAUUCACCGCAUCAUCGACACUCGCAUGCAGGAGAUGGAGAGAGUCGCAAACGAGAUCACGGAAGCCUGGAAUGCACUCCAAGAACAAGCCACUUAG